UUUUACAGCUACACUCCAAUUCUGACAAAGGUGAUGGGUCUGUCAAGUAUAUCCUAACUGGAGAGGGUGCCGGGACUAUAUUUAUCAUUGAUGAUACCACUGGUGACAUCCAUUCAACGAAAAGCUUAGACAGAGAACAGAAGACCCACUACGUGCUUCAUGCUCAGGCUAUUGACCGACGGACAAACAAGCCUCUUGAGCCUGAAUCUGAAUUCAUCAUCAAGGUGCAAGACAUCAAUGACAAUGCUCCAAAAUUCACAGAUGGACCGUACAUUGUUACUGUGCCUGAAAUGUCAGAUAUGGGUACCUCUGUUCUACAGGUGACAGCUACUGAUGCAGAUGACCCUACCUAUGGAAACAGUGCUCGGGUGGUUUACAGCAUUCUCCAGGGACAACCUUACUUCUCCGUGGACCCUAAAACAGGAAACACACUCCAAUGGGGAUCUUUGAUUGCAAUGCUAUUAGAACCUAACCUGGCCAAGAAAGUCAGAAGCUACUUCUGAAACUGCAUUGCCAAGGAGUUAUUAGAACUGCCUUACAUAACAUGGACAGAGAAGCCAGAGAACACUACUCAGUGGUCAUUCAAGCCAAAGACAUGGCUGGGCAAGUUGGAGGACUUUCAGGAUCCACAACUGUCAACAUCACCUUGACUGAUGUCAACGACAAUCCACCACGAUUUCCUCAGAAGCACUAUCAACUGUAUGUUCCUGAGUCCGCCCAAGUGGGGUCAGCUGUUGGAAAAAUCAAGGCAAAUGAUGCAGAUACCGGCUCAAAUGCUGACAUGACAUACUCCAUCAUAAAUGGUGAUGGAAUAGGGAUAUUCUCCAUCUCCACUGACAGAGAGACCAGAGAAGGGAUCCUUUCUUUAAAGAAGCCACUGAACUAUGAGAAAAAGAAGUCAUAUACCCUCAACAUAGAAGGAGCCAAUACACAUCUUGACUUUCGCUUUUCUCACUUGGGUCCUUUUAAAGAUGCUACCAUGCUGAAGAUCAUUGUUGGGGAUGUAGAUGAACCACCACAAUUUUCCAUGCCUUCUUAUGACAUGGAAGUCUACGAAAAUGCCAAGAUUGGAACCAUCGUUGGCACAGUUUUGGCACAAGAUCCUGACAGCGCUAAUAGUUUAGUAAGAUAUUUCAUCAACUACAAUGCUGAAGAGGACAGAUUUUUCAACAUUGAUGCCAAUACUGGAACCAUCAAGACAACAAGGGUUCUUGACAGAGAAGAAACUCCUUGGUACAACAUCACAGUUGCUGCUUCAGAAAAUGAUAAUCCCGGUUUGCUGAGCCAUGUCACAGUGGGCAUUAGAGUUCUGGAUGUCAAUGACAAUCCACCUGAGCUUGCCAGGGAAUAUGAUAUUGUUGUCUGUGAAAAUUCUAAGCCUGGCCAGGUUAUUCAUACCAUCAGUGCCACUGAUAAGGAUGAUUUUGCCAAUGGACCAAGGUUUAACUUCUUUCUUGAUGAACGCCUGCCCUUAAAUCCAAACUUCACUCUUAAGGAUAAUGAAGAUAACACAGCCAGCAUUCUGACAAGGCGGAGGAGAUUUAGUCGAUCUAUUCAGGAUGUGUAUUAUCUGCCCAUUAUGAUCUCUGAUGGUGGAAUCCCCUCUCUCAGCAGCAGCAGCACCCUCACCAUCAGGGUUUGUGCAUGCGAGAGAGAUGGGCGCGUGCGGACCUGCCAUGCGGAAGCGUUCCUGUCCUCGGCUGGUUUGAGUACAGGAGCCUUAAUCGCUAUUCUUCUCUGUGUUGUCAUUCUCCUGGCAAUUGUUGUGCUUUUCAUCACCCUGAGGCGCAGCAAAAAAGAGCCCUUGAUCAUUUCAGAGGAGGACGUUCGGGAGAAUGUGGUCACCUACGACGAUGAGGGAGGCGGAGAGGAAGACACCGAGGCCUUUGACAUCACAGCCUUGAGGAAUCCUUCUGCUGCUGAAGAGCUCAAGUAUCGGAGAGAUAUCAGACCUGAAGUGAAACUCACUCCCAGACACCAGACACUGUCCACCUUGGAAAGUAUAGAUGUUCAGGAAUUUAUUAAGCAAAGACUGGCAGAAGCAGACCUAGACCCCAGCGUCCCCCCUUAUGACUCGCUUCAGACUUAUGCCUAUGAGGGUCAGAGAUCAGAGGCUGGGUCUAUCAGCUCGCUAGAUUCAGCAACGACACAAUCGGAUCAGGAUUAUCACUACCUGGGAGACUGGGGACCUGAGUUUAAAAAGUUAGCUGAACUCUAUGGAGAAAUAGAAUCUGAAAGAACAACUUAGGGGCUCAAUUCUCGCAACCUUGUAGAAUUUGCUUCCUGAGCAAGUGGAGAUACAACCUCAGCAAUGACAAGGAAAAUGUGUGGAAACAGUACUUGGAACUGAGCAAGCUGUUCGCAGCUCCUGUAGAAACAAGUGCCCUUUUCAUGAUCGAAACUGGGUUAUGUAAUUCGAAGAAAGUCAAAUCUAAAAAAAAUAUAUACAGAGAAAAAGCUAUUGUUCCUUGUGUAUAUUUUCAAAUGCUCAAUAAAGUCUGUGGUACUGUUUAAUGAAGAAUACCUGAAUUAAGCCAAACAAUGAUAUUUGUUUCAAUAUUUUGUGAUUUAUUUUUUCAAAAGCAAAACGAAACAAAAAGGCUCAAGAUCACUAUGAUUUAUCAAAAUCAAGAUGACUAUGAUUUAUCGGGGUGGUACACUACAAAAGGAACCUUGUGAAGGUACUCAUGACCUCUUUUUCCUCUUCUCUGGGUGGACCCUUGAGACCACGCCCUGUUAUUGUGGCAGAUCUCAUUAGCCUUGUCUUGUGUUUAAAUUACAUGAGGUAUUGCCAAGAUACCAGGCCGUUCUGUCAUGGACUUGUAUGUACUAUUUCCCUUUGCCCUCCCCACUUCUUUUCUCCAUACAAAAUGGAUGGAGCAUGGGGAUUUGCUGCCUGCACUAUAAUGUAUGCAACUUUGGUGCACAAGGUGUGCACUGUCCUGAGCACGAGACUACUGUCUCUGUCCUGUCCACCUCCUUUUAUUUCGACAGAAGACUUCUUUUUUUUUAAUGGGUAGAAAUAAUGGUUUAAGGUUUAUUCUGAAAAUCUGAUAUGUCAGGGAAAGAUUUAAUUUUAAAAAUAGCUACAUACCUUCUGCCAAAUGCUUUUAAUCGUUUUUACUUAUUUUACUGCAUUUAAGUCAGCAAUUUUCAUCAUUCCUAUACCUAAAAUUAGUUUUCCAAAAUGAUUCUGAUCAACUUAUACAUCAGUCUAAUUUAUUUAUUUUCAUCAUAAAAUAGCAAACAUAUGUACCUCACAUGAUAACGAUGUAGUCGGAAAAGAGUAUCCUUCAAUUAGCAUAAAUUUCAUAGGUUCAUGGUUGACUUAUCUUUGUUCCUUACACAGAUUUGGGCUUUCUCCAUCUCACUGAUUAAUUCUUACAUGGUUGAUAUCUACAGGAAAAUGUAUAGGACUGGGAACAACAAAAAAAUAAAGAGGAGAUUCAUGCUUAUUAUCCUUGGACACAUCCCCCCAAAUCUCUGAGUUUCAAGGUCCCAAACUGGGAAAUAGAGAUGGAAAUGACUUCCUUGCCUACCUCACAGGGUUGUUGUGAGGAUUAAAUGAACAUCUGUAAAAAUGCUUUGCCAACUGCAAAGUAUUCUGUUACCUAAAGGCUUGCAGACUCAUAUAAUUUUUUAGUUCCAUUAGCUUAUAAAGAUAUAUUUACAUACAUUUUGCAUAAAAUAUUAUCAUGGGAGAAUUUCAACAGUGAAGUGAUUGUUUAAUAAAUAUAUAAUAUACAAGUCUAAUUAUUUUAAUAUUUUCAUAAAUAUGCUACUUUUCUUAGAAUUUCUUGGGGCUUUUUAUUUUCCAAAUUGUUUUAGAAAAUAUUUUGUUGUUGCUGCUGUUGUUCUUCAAGUAAGAAUUCAUACUAUUCCAAAAACAACCAUGUCUAUAUAUUUCAGAUGAAUUGGAAUUCCUAAAGAAUUAUUUACAAGGGGAGCUUUUCUUUGCUCUUUAAAUUUGUUAUAAUGCAGUGUCCCCAAAAGCUUUAUGACAUUUUCUGUCUGAUUCUACCCAUGUGAAAAAUUUUGGAUUUCUGCCUCUGUUUGCAGCUGCCCUGUGCUAUCAUAUAAUAAUUUUGAGGUAUGGGAAGUAAGUUAAAUUUGAAUAAUUCUCAAUUUGUGUUUUAAGCCUGAGGAAUAAAGUGUAAUUUAAACUUUUUACAACA